UCGCUUCCGGGCGGCAUCUGAUUUCCGGCUGAUGUAUUUUGUUUUGGUCGGUAACUCUCUCUGUGUCGGUACUGUCGCUGUCAGAUUAGCAGGGAGUCAAAUGGCUAAAGUGGAGCUGGCACCGCUUAGACCAUGGGACGACUUCUUCCCCGGCUCGGAAAGAUUCGCUAAACCGGAUGGCAAAGAUUUGGCGAAAUGGAACAACCGAGUUGUCAGCAAUCUGCUUUAUUAUCAAACAAAUUAUUUGGCUUUGGCCAUCGUUGUUUUCCUCGUUGUAGGGUUCCUGAACCCUCUGGGGAUGUUAACAGCCAUGGUCGUGGUGUCGGCCGUCUUCCUGGGUUCAGUGUGGGCCGGAGAGAACAGAGCUGUGAUCAGCAACUUUAAGAGGCACAAUCCCACAGCGUUUGUGAUCGCUGUCAUGGUCGCAAGCUACAUCUUAAUCUCUAUGCUGGGGAGCGUCAUGGUGUUUAUGUCUGCAAUCACUUUACCUCUGGCUUUGGUAUUUGCACAUGCUUCCUUUCGCCUCCGCAACAUGAAAAAUAAGUUGGAGAACAAAAUCGAAGGAGCCGGACUGAAGAGGUCACCGAUGGGCAUUUUGCUGGAAGCUCUUGGUCAGCAAGAGGAGAGCUUUCAAAAGAUCCAGAGCUUUCUGGAAGGAAAACUGAAAGAGUGAUUGGACUUCAUGCACACGUUCUUCUUUUAACCAAAGAUCUUGACUUUUUUUUUUUUUUUUCAUGUCUGUCUAAACCUCUUGAAGUUAGUUUCGUAUACAGUAUGUUCACAACAAGCGUGUGUUUAGAAAAGAAAGCUUGUAAUCUGAAGGGCUUUAUCUUUACCUCAGGGUAUCUGUCACUCCACUCAGAACUUGUCAGGGCACUUUUCUCAAACAGUGAUGAGAGCAUCUCACUUCUCUGCUAUGCAACGUGUCAGUGUUUCUGUGCAGCACAGCUGCAGACUCCUUCCUAGGUAUGAAAUCUGUCUUUAAUGAGUCUCAGAAACAGCCGACGGCCCUGCCAGUUGGUUGACGCUCAGAAUAAUGUGAAUAAUGUCUCCUCACAGAAAAUCUAAGUUUGCUUAAGUAUGCCGUUGAAUAGAAACCAACCAACCAUAUGUUCAUGCAGAUCAAAAGAGAAAGCACUGCUUUGUCUUGAAUUAUGAAAUACAUGUGACUCCAAACACUGAUCAACUGUGUCAAUAUUUAAAAUGAAGACUUCAAAAGAGUGUGAGGUCUUAACCCGUGGCCAUCAGUAUUCCUCCUGCACCUCUCGACUGUUUAAUCUUGACAAUGCCCCCUGGGUGACGGAUUGGCUAACUCCGCUUUCCUCUCCACUUACACCAAUGCUAAUCAUGGGGCUGCAGUAGAUUAUAGUGUGGAGAGCUGAGCGCUGCACAGUGACAGAGUGGAUUCAUCUGCACAGCGCUGGGUCAGCUCCUUUUUGUUUUUUAUUGGAUUCCAUUUGAAAUUGACUGCAGAUAACGAGAAUCCAUGUGGAACAUAAUGCUCUGCUAUUUGGUUAUGUGGCAGCGUGUAAGGAUUGGGGGAAACAUGAAGAUAAGAAUGAUGGGCAUUAAAAAGUAAUCACUUUAGA